CUCCUCUUCCCCAGGACAUCCCCCUCCUCUCUCAUCUUGCCUCGCCCUUUCCCUUUCCCUUUGCCAUUUUCCAAGACACACGCCGAGGGCCGAGGGGAGGGGAGGGAGGGAGAGAGAGGGGGGCCUUCUUUAUCUUGCCACAGCCGAGGAAAAGAGUGGCAACCUUCAGCACCCAAGGAGACCAGUUCUUCCAGUACCAAGUACUACUAGUACUACUCGAGUAGGAGGCGGCCGCUGUUCGCUGCGUUCUUGAUUGAUUGAGAUGGGCAUCCUGUGCUUCGGCGCUACCUCCGCCCUGCUCUGCGGGGAGGACAGGAACAGCGUCCUGGGCCUGGGCGGCUGCGACGGCGGCGACGAGCUGGUGGAGGUGGGGAGUGCUCUCGAUUUCUCGGACGCCGCCGCCGGCGCCGUGUUCCCCGUCGACACCGAUGAGGCCGUGCGGGAGCUGGUGGAGAAGGAGACGGACCACCUGCCUCUGGAGGGCUAUGCGGAGAGGCUGGAGCACGCCGGAUUGGAGUCAUCUUGGAGGAGAGACGCCAUGGAUUGGAUUUGCAAGGUCCAUUCCUACUACAACUUUGGACCACUCAGUCUUUACCUCGCUGUGAAUUACCUGGAUAGAUUCAUCUCCUCGUAUAAUCUCCCACAUGACAAGCCUUGGAUGAAACAGUUGUUGUCAGUUGCUUGCCUAUCUCUUGCUAUCAAGAUGGAGGAGACCGUGGUCCCUCUUCCUGUGGACCUUCAGGUCUGCGAUCCGGAGUGUGAGUUUGAAGCAAGGAAUAUUGGGAGGAUGGAGAUCCAUGUCAUGACCACCCUGAAAUGGAGAAUGCAGGCUGUGACCCCGUUUGCUUUCAUCAGCUACUUCCUGGACAAAUUCAGUGAAGGGAAGCCUCCUAGUUUUGCACUAGCCUCACGGUGCGCCGAUAUCAUAGUUGGCACUCUGAAAGGCUCUGCAUUCUUGUCAUUCAGACCGUCUGAGAUUGCGGCGGCGGCGGCACUAGCAGCGGUUUCUGCGAAUGAGGUUGUUGGCUUUGGGAGUGUUCUUUCAGCAUCUGAAAUCCCUGUAAAUAAGGAGAUGGUUGAUAAAUGCUAUGAGCUGAUGCAAGAGCGGGCAUUGGUGAAGAAGAGAGGGCACAUCAAUGGAAGCUCUUCAGUGCCACAGAGCCCGAUUGGUGUGCUGGAUGCAGCAUGCUUCAGCUUUAGGAGUGAAGAUGCAACGCUAGGAUCAUCACAGUCAAAUAUCAGUAAUGACAACAAUCAGGUUUCUGCUCCAGCUUCCAAGAGGAGAAGGCUAAGCACUUCACCAAUCUGAUUAGAGCAUAUACCGUACAUAUAUCCAUUGGUAGCGUCGCAUUGUGCGCUUAUUUAUGCUGUGAUCAUCUUAACCUCAGAGCUCAUCAGGGUAACAAGUAGUGGUACAGAAGGAUCCAGUGAAGCAUUGUAACAAGCAGAGGAUGAUUGCAGUAAUAAGUUAGUACCGACUUCAGAUCUCUGAGAAGAAAGAGGUGAGGAGGAAGCUUCUUCCUCUAGCAAUUUUGUAACUCCCUACCUCACCUUCUUCUUUGUUUUAUUUAAUUUUUUUCGGCUAUCCUAAGGCAUUUGCGGGAGAUCUUUGUGGAUAUGAGAUUGGAGAUGUGAGAAUGAGAGAGAGAAAUCAACAAAAAAGAUUUCAUUUUUGUUCCUUUGUUCUUUGCUAAUAUAUAUUUAAAGAAAAGCUUGUGAGAAAUCC